AUGAUCAGUUUGUUCAAUGAUUUACCUGAUUUAAUAUUACUCGAAAUAUUUUCUUAUUUAUGUUGUGGUGAUGCUCUCUGGUCAUUCUCUAAUCUCAACUCUCGUUUGACAACAUUAUUAAAAGAACGAGGUUUUUAUCGUCAUGUUAAUUUAUCAUCCACUCGAAGAAAACAUUUCGAAACAAUUCUAUCUAUACUUCAAUUAAAUGAAAUAGAAUCACUCCUCAUUGAUCGUUGUGCAUCACCUCUUCAACUGCGAAGAUGGCCUCAUUUACCAAAUUUAACAACAUUACGAUUACAAGGUGUACGCAAUUUUAGGGAUGUUUUCAAAUUUGCAAGAAAACAUGGAAAUACAUUGUCUCAUCUUACAGUUCAAUCAAGUGGAUAUUUUCGUACAGUUGGUAUGACAAAAAAAAUAGCUUAUCCAUUAUGGAACUUAAAAGAAUUUCUCGAAAAAAUUCUUUGUUAUCUACCUACCCUUCAAUCACUUGAUUUAGGAAUGGAAACAUCUUUUUACUUACAUAAGUGGCCUUUCAAAACGAUACAAACACCGUUAAUCUAUCUAAAAAUUUCGAUUGCUCGGACACUUGAUGUGAUUGAUAUACUCUCAACAAACCCGUUAUCUCAUACAUUAAAACAACUACAUAUAAAAAUGCCAGAUUUUUGUGGUUAUAGAAGUUUUUCUUCAUUUGAUAAAAAUAUUUUACCUCGAAUGGAAUCUUUACAUACGUUUACCUUUGCUAAAUCAUUUAAAUGGCAUUCAUCUGAGGAAUGGUCAUUUGUUAAUGUAUUAACAACUUAUAAUGUAAUGCCUAUGUUACGACGAAUGAAUUUUUCUCUUGUUAUUGAUGUUAAUGAUCUCGAUCAAAUGACUAAUUCACCUCUCUUUAAUGAUGAUCGUCAUAUUAAUGUUCAUUAUGCUUUUAUUAUUCAUGAUAAUCGACAACAUUGCGAACUUAAUCAACAUGUACCACGUGGUAGUUUGUCUCAUCGUCGUCAAAUAGCAAGUGCUACAUUUAUUUCUGAAUAUUGGCCUGCUGAUGAAACAUUCAUGACUCAUAAGGAAAUUUACUUCAAAAAACCUAAAUAUCGACUACAUUUAUUCUAUACUUUACCGUGGAUUUUCGAAGAGUUUUUUCAACUAUGUAUUCCAGAUAAAUAUAUUAGUGAAUUAGAAGUCUUUACAUCGGCUUCUCCAUUUAAUAAAGUUGGUCGUUCACAUCUUCUUAAACUGAAUAUAGCAGAUAAUAUUCCAUCAUUAACUACUUUAUUGCCUCACAUAAUGUCUUCAAACCACGUAGUUGAACUUCAUUUAUCACAAUGUGAUGAACAGAUAUCUUCAAAUUUAACAAUUUUUGAUCAUCUUAUUCUUACAGACAGUUUUGAUUCAUUGAAUAAUUGGUCUUAUUCAAGAUAUAUUCGAUCUAUUCAAAUUACUCUUAAUUAUGAACAUCUUCAUCUUGCAAGAAAUGAUUGGGCUGAUUUGAGAACUCUCUCAACUAUACCGUUCUUGAAUUCGUUACGUAUACUUUUAUAUGGUAUGGUUAUUCCACCAGAUGAUAUAAGUUGCCAAAUCUUGGCAGAGACGGCAUCAAUGGUCUCUGAUUUUUGCUUCUCUUUUCGACGGAAAUAUUAUCAAAACAUUUACAAUUUUGACGUAACACAUCCACAACAGUAUUUAUUCAUUAAACAACUACGAAACAACAUUCUCGCUUUACCGCUUAAUAAAAAACCACGCAUUGUUGUGGAGAAAGAUGGUUAUGGACUUAUUGUAUGGUUUUAA